UUUGUUUCUCUAUUCAUCGUUUAUUGAGGGAUAACUCAAAUUUUUCCGAAUUGAGGCAGAAGAAUCUCCCAGAUCACUCGGUCCCUCCGGCGCGGAGAGGGGAGCUGUAGGAAGCUCAGAAGGGGAGACGCGGAAUUUCGUCUCUCUCGUCGAAAUCCAGAAAUUAUCUUUCUCAUUCGAUUUCCUCCUUUUUGUAACUGUACCGUUUAAACUUCAAAGAAAUCGGCUUCCCGUAUUCGUCCUCGUAUUGUCCCUUCUUCGCUCAGAUCCGUCGCAGUCAGAGCCGAUCAUUUUGGUUGCCGUCGUGGUAUCUCCGUCUGGUUGCUGGGAGGUUAAGAGUCGCAAUCACAACUCAGGAGAAGAGGAGUAAAAACAAAAAGAAUGGCAGGAGGAUCUUCUGCAGCAGAGGGUUCCAUCGUCAAUCCAUUUUCUUCUGGCACCCGACUACGAGACCUCCGAGGAGGCCGCAAUGCUUUGUUUGAUGGAAUUGAAGAGGGUGGUAUUAGGGCUUCCUCUUCUUACAGCAAUGAAAUAUCUGAAUUUGACAAUGAUAGAGCAAUGGAUGGACUUCAGGACAGGAUCAGCAUUCUGAAAAGAUUGACUGGAGAUAUCCAUGAGGAGGUUGAGAGUCACAACCGUGCACUUGACAGGAUGGGAAAUGAUAUGGAUGCAUCCAGAGGAAUCUUAUCCGGCACCAUGGAUCGGUUCAAGAUGGUGUUUGAGACAAAGUCUAGCAGGAGAAUGGCCACACUGGUUGCAUCUUUUGUUGCAUUGUUCCUACUCAUAUAUUACCUGACCAAGUAGCACUGCUGAAAAUGCGUGGAAGUCAGGAAUACAGUGUAGUUCUGCUCUAUAUCUGGUCGGUGUGAUCCCACUGUUAUACGACAGUUGAUGUCUAUUAUAUAAGUGUGAUUGGAUUGGUUCAGUUUCUUGUAGGGCUGGAACCUCCAGUAUUUGGUCACAUGUAUAAAAUUAAAUGAAGUUUAUGGAAGUGGAUUCAGUUUACUUUA